GGAGGCAGGCUCCGGGCCUGGCAUCCCGGUAGCCGCCGCUGCCUUUUCCGGCACGCGCGCCCCCUUUUCGUCUAGCGGACCCCCCUGCUUCCCGAGCAUCACCCCCGAGCGGGGCCGCGUCCUCCGGGGGGCCCCCCGGGCCUCAGAACACAUUGGUGGGCGCCUCUUGUCCACUCCACCAUGGCCAGUGAGAACUCCCCUCUGCUGGCCUACCGGCUCCUGGGGGAAGAGGGUCUGGCCUUCCCUGCCAACGGGGCCGGGGGUCUGGGAGGGGCACCUGUCCGGAAGCUUUCCACUUUCCUGGGCGUGGUGGUACCCACCGUCCUGUCCAUGUUCAGCAUUGUCGUCUUCAUGAGGAUCGGGUUCGUGGUUGGCCACGCAGGCCUGCUGCAGGCUCUGGCCAUGCUCCUGGUCGCCUACUUCAUCCUGGCGCUCACCGUUCUCUCUGUCUGUGCCAUCGCCACCAAUGGAGCCGUGCGCGGGGGCGGAGCCUACUUCAUGAUCAGUCGGACCCUGGGCCCAGAGGUCGGGGGCAGCAUUGGCCUCAUGUUCUACCUUGCCAACGUGUGUGGCUGUGCCGUCUCCCUGCUGGGAUUGGUGGAGGCCGUGCUGGACGUCUUCGGGGCUGAUGCCGCGGGUGCCAGCGGGCUCCGGGUACUGCCACAGGGCUACGGCUGGAAUCUCCUGUAUGGCUCGCUACUGCUGGGCCUCGUGGGGGGUGUGUGCACCCUGGGGGCUGGCCUCUACGCCCGCGCCUCUUUCCUCACCUUCCUCCUGGUGUCCGGUUCCCUGGCCUCCGUGCUGGUCAGCUUUGUGGCUGUGGGGCCCAGAGAUGUCCCCUUGGCCCCUCGGCCCGGCUCCAACGGCUCCUCCCCGCUGCCCCAGUUCGGCCACUUCACCGGCUUCAAUAGCAGCACCCUGAAAGCCAACUUAUAUGCUGGCUACGCCAAGGACUACACCACGGGUGCCAUGAUGACGUUCGCCAGCGUCUUCGCCGUCCUCUUCAACGGUUGCACUGGCAUCAUGGCGGGGGCCAACAUGUCAGGGGAGCUCAAGGACCCCAGCCGGGCCAUCCCUCUGGGCACCAUCGUCGCCGUGGCCUACACCCUCUUCAUCUACACACUGCUCUUCUUCCUCUCUAGUUUCACGUGUGACAGGACCCUGCUUCAGGAGGACUAUGGCUUCUUCCGGGCCAUCAGCCUGUGGCCCCCGCUGGUGCUCAUUGGCGUGUAUGCCGCCUCGCUGUCGGCCUCCAUGAGCUCCCUCAUCGGCGCCUCCCGCAUUCUGCAUGCCCUGGCCCAGGACGAUCUCUUCGGAGUGAUCUUGGCGCCUGCGAAGGUGGUAUCCCGAGGCGGGAACCCGUGGGGGGCUGUGCUGUAUUCUUGGGGUCUCGUGCAGCUGGUGCUCCUGGCAGGGAAACUGAACACACUGGCUGCUGUGGUCACCGUCUUCUACCUGGUGGCCUAUGCUGCAGUGGACCUGUCUUGCCUGAGCUUGGAGUGGGCCUCGGCCCCCAACUUCCGCCCCACCUUCAGCCUGUUCUCCUGGCACACCUGCCUGCUGGGGGUGGCCUCCUGCCUGCUCAUGAUGUUCCUGAUCAGCCCUGGCGCGGCCGGCGGCUCCCUGCUCCUCAUGGGUCUGCUCUCGGCCCUGCUCACCGCCCGCGGCGGCCCCAGCAGCUGGGGCUACGUCAGCCAGGCCCUGCUCUUCCAUCAGGUGCGCAAGUACCUGCUCCGCCUGGACGUCCGGAAGGACCAUGUGAAGUUCUGGCGGCCACAGCUGCUGCUUCUGGUGGGCAACCCGCGGGGGGCUCUGCCUCUGCUGCGCCUGGCCAACCAGCUCAAGAAAGGGGGCCUCUAUGUGCUGGGCCACGUCACGCUGGGGGACCUUGACUAUCUGCCGUCGGACCCGGUGCAGCCGCAGUACGGGGCGUGGCUGAGCCUGGUGGACCGGGCCCAGGUGAAGGCCUUUGUGGACCUCACCCUCUCGCCCUCCGUGCGCCAGGGGGCCCAGCACCUGCUGCGGAUCUCAGGCCUUGGUGGCAUGAAGCCCAACACCUUGGUCCUGGGCUUCUACGAUGACGCCGCCCCCCAGGACCACUUCCUGAGCGACCCUGCCUUCUCAGAGGCUGCAGAUGGAGCCCGGGAGGGCGGGGUCCCGGCGCUCAGCACCCUGUUCCCACCACCCCGGGCCCCCGGGAGCCCCCGCGCGCUCAGUCCUCAGGACUACGUGGCCACGGUGGCCGACGCCCUCAAGAUGAACAAGAACGUGGUGCUGGCGCGGGCCUGUGGGGCGCUGCCCCCCGAGCGGCUGGGCCAGGGCUCCAGGGGCACGUCCACGCCGCACCACGUGGACGUGUGGCCCCUCAACCUCCUGCGACCGCGCGGCGGGCCGGGCUACGUGGACGUGUGCGGCCUCUUCCUGCUGCAGAUGGCGACCAUCCUGGGCAUGGUGCCCGCCUGGCACAGCGCCCGGCUCCGCAUCUUCUUGUGUCUGGGGCCGCGGGAGGCCCCCGGGGCGGCUGAGGGCCGGCUCCGGGCGCUGCUGAGUCAGCUGCGGAUCCGGGCCGAGGUGCAGGAGGUGCCGUGGGGCGACGCGGCGGCGCCAGAGGACGCCGACGACGAGGAAGGGGACUUCGUGAACGGCCGGCUCGGGGACGCCCAGGCCGAGGCGCUGGCGCUGAGCGCCAACGCGCUGCUCCGCGCGCAGCAGGGGCGCGGCCGGGCGGGCGCGGGGCCUGGCGGGCCCGAGGGCGGCCCCGGCCCGGAGGGGCCCGCCACGGCGCUCACCUUCCUCUACCUGCCGCGGCCGCCCGCCGACCCGGCCCGCUACCCGCGCUACCUGGCGCUCCUGGAGCUCCUGACCCGGGACCUGGGCCCCACGCUGCUCAUCCACGGCGUCACCCCCGUCACGUGCACGGACAUCUGAGGCCGCCCCCACGGGGCCAGGGGCAGCCCCCGGCCCGUGGACUGCAGGGAUCCCGCCCGCGGCCGCGCGGCCCGGCGGGGGCGGGGCGGGGGCCCCCUCCCGCCCUUCACCGGUGCCUUGCUGGGGGGGAGCCGGGGCUCCUCGGGUCGGGGCUACCUCGGGCUCCC